CCUCUACGGGAAGUGAUGUGGGGCCGGACGGAAAAUAGCGCCAAGCACCCAAAAAAGGCCAGUCGCACGGGGUCCCGAGCUCCAUUUGGAAGCGAGGACCUAAGGGAUAGAGCACGGCGGGGACGCGGCACGUUGGGAAUCUAGCACUGCAGGGACGCGACACCGCGGUGACAGCACGGGACAGAGCACCAAACCGGGUGAAGGACAGAGGCCUCCAUCAUGUCGGAUGGAGAUUAUGAUUACCUCAUCAAGUUUCUGGCCUUGGGAGACUCUGGAGUAGGGAAGACCAGUGUACUUUACCAGUACACUGAUGGGAAAUUCAACUCCAAAUUCAUCACCACAGUGGGCAUUGAUUUCAGGGAAAAGAGAGUGGUGUACAGAGCUAAUGGACCAGAUGGAGCUGUGGGCCGAGGCCAGAGAAUCCACCUGCAGUUAUGGGACACGGCGGGGCAGGAGAGGUUCCGGAGCUUGACCACAGCAUUCUUCAGGGACGCCAUGGGUUUCCUGCUGCUGUUCGACCUGACAAAUGAGCAAAGUUUCCUCAACGUCCGAAACUGGAUAAGCCAGCUACAGAUGCACGCGUACUGCGAAAACCCAGAUAUAGUGCUGUGUGGGAACAAGAGCGACCUGGAAGACCAGAGGGCUGUGAAGGAGGAGGAAGCCAGGGAACUUGCAGAGAAGUAUGGAAUCCCCUAUUUUGAAACCAGUGCUGCCAACGGGACAAACAUAAACCAAGCGAUUGAGAUGCUCCUGGACCUGAUCAUGAAGCGGAUGGAGCGGUGUGUGGACAAGUCCUGGAUUCCAGAGGGAGUGGUCCGGUCCAACGGUCACACGUCUGCAGAUCAGCUGACUGAGGAGAAGGAGAAGGGGCUGUGCGGCUGUUGAGACACCGCGUGAGCGUCCUGGCCUGCCAGCUCUGCUGUCGAGACCAAGCCGGCCCAGUGAGCGGAGCAGGCAGCCCAUGGUGUGCCAAGUGCCUCUCCUCAUCUCCAGUAGAACCUGACUCAGCAUCCAUUUGUAACUCAUUGCAGCUUUAUAUGAUUUAGUUCAUGAACCGGGGGACCUAUUUCACAGAGCCAAAAGUGUCUUAUAAAAAGCCCGUGGUGGCAAGCCGCUUAGGGAUCCAGGAUUUCAACCACGGAAGAGUUCAUCUGUUAUGUAGAAUGCUGAUGGUCCUGUCGCCUGCCUUAACACAGUCGGCUGCCUCAACACAGACAGCCCUAGAGUCUCAUGGAAGACAUUGAGAUGUCUGAGCUAGCAUGGUCUUGAGAGUCCAGAUUUCAGAAUCCAUACUGUAGAACAGCACUCUUAAACGCGUGGGUGUCAAUAAGUGUGUCCACAUGGAUCAAUGCCUUUCGCCACUUUUAACUUAGCCCCCCCUUUCACAUGAGCACAACCAGAUGGCAGCCAUAUCUGUAGACUCUGAAUAGACCAGAUUGACUCACUGUGAGUUUGGGGGUGGUGGGAAGGGUUUGUGGAGCAGGAGUGGGUGAAGUAGGGAUCAAGUUUAGUCAGACUACCUGGCUCUUAGCUGAGGAGUCAUGAGACCCUUGUGUUUAUCCGUGGUCUGUUGGUUCAGUCCUCAUCUGAGCGUCGCUCAUGUUUCCGCUCUAUGCAUGUAUGUUUGUAUGCACGGUCUCUUCAUGUGUAUGUAUGUCUGUUUGGUCUGACAGUUCAGGCUCUGCUCUCACUUGUCUGGAGACUGCUGAUCUGACUUCCUUCCAUCACACUUCGGGGGUGGUGGGGGGUCUCCCAGUUUGUCUUCUCCCCCAUUAAUGUAACCGAAGGAAUCUCUUUUUAAUUAAACGGCACGCUUAUUGGCUAUCUGGAGGGAGGUCGAUGUCUGUAUUUAAGCAGUCGCACUUGUAGGCCAGUUUAAGAGAAGUGUUUUGCAGCCCAGAGCUCUCGCUGGGCAUGUGGGCACUGAUGGUUUUUGACAGUAUAAAGGAAAACACGUGCUUUGCAUGGUAGUUUCAAGGGGCUUUUUUUUUUUUUGUUAUUGUUGUUUGUUUGUUUGUUUGUUUUUGAGACAGGGUCUUAAUUAUGUAGUUUCUGGCUGGCAGGCAACUCCCUUUGUAGACCAGGAUGGCCUCAAACUCACAGAGAUCCUCCAUCUGUUUCAGCCCCCUAGGUGCUGGGACUAAAGGUGUGGUCAUCACCCCUGGCUCUCAGAAGACUUUAACAAAAGUCUUCUUUAACAAAAGAUAGAUUGAACAUUUAUUGCCAUUGUCCUUUAACCCCUCCUCAGAAAAAAUAUCCGUGGCUACUAAGCUUUUUCUGUUCUUCAAUAAGGGACUCUGCCAGGCAGUGAUGGUACAUGCUUUUAAUCCCAGCACUUGGGAGGCAGAGGCAGGUGGAUUUCUGAGUUCGAGGCCAGUCUGGUCUACAGAGUGAGUUCCAGGACAGCCAGGGCUACACAGAGAAACCCUGUCUCGAAAAAACAAACAAACAAACAAGCAAAAAAAAAAAAAAAACCAAAAAAAAAAAAAAAGGGACUCUUUGAAACACCAAAGAUGUCACUGAGGUCUAUGCAUCUGAAUCCUAUAUACCCGAAACAUGAGGCCCGUCAUAGCAGUGCCUUCCAGCAUUGCUCUAAGAUUUCAGUGGAGGGCUGAAGAAGAUGGCUCAGUGGUUAAGAGCACUGACAGCUCUUCCAAAGGUCCUGAGUUCAAAUCCCAGCAACCACAAUGGUGGCUCACAACCAUCCAUAAUGAGAUCUGACUCCCUUUUCUGGAGUGUCUGAAGACAGCUAUAGUGUACUUACAUAUAAUAAAUAAAUCUUUUAAAAAAAUACUUCAGUGGUGGUGUGUUCAAAUGUCAGGGCACAUUUCUUUUUUUUUUUUUUUUCUUUUUUUGGUUUUUUGGAUUUGUUUUUUUCGAGACAGGGUUUCUCUGUAUAGCCCUGGCUGUCCUGGAACUCACUCUGUAGACCAGGCUGGCCUCGAACUCAGAAAUCUGCCUGCCUCUGCCUCCCAGAGUGCUGGGAUUACAGACGUGUGCCACCACUGCCUGGCCAGGGCACAUUUCUUAAAGUCUCUUUUGUAAACACAAACAAGUUAACAUGCCAGGUGUUGGUGGUACACUCCUUUAAUCUCCUACACUUGGGAGGCAGAGGCAGGCAGUGAGUUUGAAGCCAGGCUAGUCUAUAGAGGGAGUUUCAGGACAGCCAGGGCUACCUAGUGAAAUUCUGUUUCAAAAAACACAAUAUUUGCAUAGUGCAGGUUUCAAGAAGUAGAUCCACAGUCGGGGUUCCACCUCUGUAGGCUCCACACCAGGCACAGGGCUUAAUAUGUAUGUGAUAGUUGCCCAGCACAGGAGCUGCCUUGAGGGGGAUGGAGAGAUGGCUCAGCAGUUAAGAACAUCGACUGUUCUUCCUGGGGUCCUAAGUUCAAAUCCCAGCAACCACAUGGUAGCUCACAACCAUCUAUAGUGGGAUCUGAUGCCCUCUUCUGGUGUGUCUGAAGACAGCUACAGUGUACUCAUAUACAUAAAAUAAAUAAAAUCUUUAAAAAAUAAA